GUUGGAACACCACGCGCGCCAUUUCGAACCCAGGUUUCCAAAUCCCCAAUUCCUGGGCGGCGACUUUGCCGGCGAUGCGGCCUCCGGCGGCCAAGCCCCUGGUUGCCACCACCACCUCCUCCUCCUCCUCCUACAACCAACACGAACCUCGCCCGGAGAACCCCCUUCUCCUCCUCGCUUCCUCCCGUGCUGCCAAACUCUCCCUCGGCUGCCCCCUCCUCGACCGCCUCCUCUCCGGUGGCCUCCCCGCCGCGUCGGUCACCGAGAUUGCCGGCGAAUCCGCCUCCGGGAAGACCCAGAUUUGUCUCCAGCUCGCCCUCCUCGCUCCCCUCUCGCCUCUCUCCUCCUCCUCCCUCUUCCUAUGCUCCGACCUCCCAUUUCCCCUCCGCCGCCUCCGCCUCCUUGCCCCCAAAUCGCACCCCGACCUCCUCGACCACGUCUUUGUCGCCGCAGUGCACUCUCCCUCCGACCUCCUCUCCCUCCUUUCCCGCGCCCAGCACCACCUCUCCCACCCUACUCACUCCCCGCACCGCCUCCCUACCCGCGUCAUCCUCCUCGACUCCAUCGCCUCGCUCUUCCGCGCCGACUUCGACGCCUCACCCGCCGACCUCAAGCGCCGGACGGGGCUGUUCUUCAAGAUAUCCGCAAAACUCAAGGAGCUGGCGUACAGGCACAAGUGCGUGGUCGUGGUGACCAACCAGGUGGUCGACGUGGUCGAGGGGAACACGGGCAACACCAUGGCCUGGUCGUCUGGGCGCCAGGUGAGCCCCGCGCUGGGGCUUUCCUGGGCCAACUGCGUCAACACUCGGUUGUUCCUGACGCGGGAGGUGGGUAGUGACGGUGGGAGCACCAGGAGGCACAUGAAGGUGGCCUUUGCGCCGCACCUGCCGGAGCGAGCGUGCGAGUUUGUGAUACGGAGGGACGGUGUCUUUGGAGUUGAGCCCGCACAAAGGUAGGUGCUCUUGUGUCUGAUUUUUUGCCAUGACAAGGAGUUUGUCUGUGUUCGUGUUCGAUCAAGAUCUGAUGACCUGUUCGAUGGAAUGAGCCUGUGAGCGAUUCCAUUUGAAAGACGGUGUUUUUAGAAGAUAAAUCUUCUAAACUUUAAUUGUUCAAUGGUUGGAAGAAAUAUAAAUUAUCACCCUUGCAAUAUAAUUUCUUCUCUGUAAAACAUGUUUUGGGAUGCGGUGUAUGAAGAACAUUGUGGUUUGCUAUGAAGUCCUUCUGAUGUUAUUGACUGUA